AUGGUAUUGAAGUACCUGCCCGAAGCGCCACCGUUUUACCCGGAAGACAGUAUCAGCGACCGGCCGGUACGCUUUUUUGUGAGUGAGUUGAUCCGGGAGCAGAUCUACCAGCAAUACCAGGAUGAAAUUCCUUAUCAUACAGCAGUGAUCAUCCAGGCAUUUGAAGAAAAAACAACCCUGGACGUUAUCAAAGCGGAGAUCAUUGUGAGCCGUGAAACGCAGAAGAUGAUCCUGUUGGGCAAGGGAGGAAGUGGCAUUAAACAGUUGGGCAUUAAGUCGCGGGCCAGGAUUGAAGAAUUUCUGCAACGCAAAGUGCACCUGGAACUGUUUAUUAAAAUCGUGGUUUUUGCGUUGAUGUUCGGUGUAGCUACUGCGGCCAUCGGGGAGAAGGGGGAGAUUAUCAUUAAAGGGUUUGACGCUAUUGCACACGUUAUCCUUAAACUGACGGGCUAUGUAAUGAACCUCGCACCACUGGCGGUAUUUGGCGCAAUGACGGCUAUCAUAGCCAGGCAGGGAUUAGGUAUUCUGAAAACCUAUUCUUUGUUUAUCAGUGAGUUUUAUUUUGGUUUGCUUUUGCUAUGGGUUGUCUUAUUCCUGGCAGGUUAUCUGUUUGUCGGGAAGCGCAUCACCACUUUGUUUUCGCGUUUAAGGGGGCCUAUUUUACUGGCGUUCAGUACCAGCAGUAGUGAAGCCGCCUUUCCGAAGACCAUGCAGGAGCUGGAGCGCUUUGGUUGCAACAAUAAGAUCGUCUCUUUUGUGUUGCCGCUGGGUUAUUCUUUCAACCUUGACGGCUCUAUGAUGUAUAUGACCUUCGCUUCCCUGUUUAUUGCCCAGUCGUAUAAUAUUCAUCUGCCCAUAAGUACCCAGUUGACCAUGUUGCUGGUAUUAAUGCUCACCAGUAAAGGGAUAGCCGGAGUGCCCAGGGCUUCGUUGGUGGUGAUUGCCGGCACGCUGGCUACUUUUGAUAUACCGGAGGCGGGUAUUGCGUUAUUGCUCGGUAUUGAUCCGUUGCUGGAUAUGGGGCGCAGUGCGACCAAUGUGGUGGGUAACAGUGUGGCCACCGCAGUUGUCAGCAAAUGGGAAGGAGACCUUAAAUCUGAAGAUGAUUUGCCCGGAAGCUGA